UCCGUUUUAAUGCAGCGUAGAUGAAGUCCACGUGGUUUGCUCGACGGAUAUCACGCUGGAGAAAACUGGCUAUUGCCAGCUGAAAUGUCGCUUUAUUGCGUAGAUCUUCCCUGAUUUCAUCGAAAUACAACGUUUUCCGUUCAAUUUCCGCUGCUUGCCUCAAAGCAAGAGCAUCUGGUUUCUUUCGUCGCUGGUCGUCAGUGCGAAUCAUUGGUUUUUUCUUUUCUUCCCCUUUUUUCUCCUUCUCCGGAGGUUUCCACAAGGUAGGAAGUUUCAAGGAUCGAGCGUUACGCGGAGUUAUUGCGCGAAAAUUACUGGACCCCAAUCUGACAAAUAAGUGCGAUCUGAUCAUUUUCAAACGGCAAAGAACACUCGAAGAAGUCCAGGCACUGUUCGUGCUACUGAUACUGGAUCUGAGAACGCCACCCUGUCAAAUGAUAGUUUUCCGGAAAAGUAGCCAAACAGGGAAAAGAAAUAACAAUCAACUACAAUUGGUACGUACUUAUUUGUGAAAAAUAAAUGAAUUUUAUUUUCAAGGAAUUGAAGUUCUGCUCAAGUUUCUGAGAUGCGGAUUAUAAUCCGGAUCUUUGCCACACAACUUAGUAGCUGGCUGGCUAGCGAAUCAGAUAGCGAUUAAAGGCGUUUCCGGUUUAGCCGACAACCCGGGCGGCCGUAAUUGUGUCACCCUAUUAACAGCUGACAAGAGACAACACUAAUAAAAUUAAAAAAGCCACGCAACAUUCCUACUUCAGCUGGUGAGAAACCCGCUUCUGAACUUCGAUUCUUCUGCCUCUUUUGGUUACUGGUUAUUCGUUUCUGUAUCUUUAGCAACUAUUGUUUUUCAAGCCAUGAGCACUCAGCGGAGUACAGUUUCGGCGCGCAAGCCGCUAUCGGAAAACGAUCCGUCGCGCACUUCGACCACGCCAACAGGAGCACCGCAGUCCUGGAUGGAACUCCACGAACCCAGAGUGCUCUUUAUUCUGACAUGUGUCGCGAUGGUUGUAUCCUUCAUCGGCUGUGCUGAAGUAAAGAUCUGGUUCAUGGAGGCAGCGCCAGUGCUGGUUGCCAUUCCCUUUCUACUUCUGCGUUACCGCAAAUUUCGCUUGACACCGCUGUUGUAUCGCUUGAUGUUUUUGCACUCCUUGAUCCUUCUGGGAGGCGCACAUUAUACCUAUGCCAAAGUGCCCAUUGGAUUUUGGUUCCAACGGAUGUUUAAUCUGAAGCGCAAUCAUUAUGAUCGCUUGGGGCACUUUGCGCAAGGAUUUGUUCCAGCAAUUUUGGCCCGCGAGGUGCUUAUUCGCAAGGAAGCCGUGCGUAAAGGAGCCUGGCUCAACGGCAUCGUCAUCUGCAUUUGUGCGGCGUGCUCCGCUUAUUACGAAAUUGUGGAAUGGUGGACGGCUGCGUCCGGAGCAGAUGAUAGUGGAGAUUUUAUGGGAAGCCAAGGUGAUAUUUAUGAUGCACAAUGGGAUAUGUUUUUAUGUGUGGUGGGAGCUUGUUGUUCCUUGGUCUUCCUGAGCGAAAAGCACGAUGAACAACUGGCCAAGAUCAAGCGAAAUGAGAAGUUUUAAGCUUGCCUCGGUGAACCGCGUUGCGACUUGCUUUUGCGCAGAAUUUGUACGUCUUGUUAUUACAUUGUUAUUUUGCGGCAGCUGACCAUGAUUACUGUUUCAGUCGUAAGCCAAAAUUCAAAAAUGACAAUAAUUAUUAAUUUUUACUACAUUUGUUAGUUAUAGUGACUGUUAUACGAACGUCUUGCCAUUUUUAAGUUUAAAGUUACCGAUUUGUUGAUUAGCUUUCUAUUUGUUGUCGAGAUCUUUGCUUUGUUAUUCUGUCCUGGGACGUUUCAAAUGGACGCAAAAUGAACUUGAAGCUGU